AUGGACUAUUUACCUACCGAAAUUAUUGAAAGAAUUUUAAGAUAUUGUGAUGGAAAAACUUUAUUAAAUGCUAGGAAAACUGAUGACAAGUUUAAAGCGGUAGUGGAUUAUUUAACGCAGAAAACACAAAUCUGGAAAUGUUGUUGUAAUGAAGAUAUACCAAAAAAUCAACUUAUAGAAUAUUUGCAACGUUACAAUGAAGAGAGCUAUGAUAAAUGGUUAAAUAUUUACAUAAAUUGGAGUUCUUGGGAAAAUCCUAAACAAGUAGUGUGUGAUAUUAUUUUAAGUCCAGUAGAAGUACCUAAAAUAUCAUGUAUGGCUGUUUCUCGUCAUUUUAUAGCUGUGGGAUCCCAAGACGGUCGACUUAGGAUAUUUACCAGCCAGUGGAAGACUGUUUUUGCUGCUAGGCUCUUAGCAGUAAAGAUAAAUAGUCUCACUUUUAUUGAAAGUGAACAUGAUGCAAAAGGGAUGUAUAUGUGUCUUGCACUUUCAUUUAACAAUGGUCUUAAUAUAUUUUGCUUUGAUGGACUGUAUUCAAAUCAACUGGAAGUCCAUGAUGUAAAAUCUCACAGCGUUUACAAAAAUUAUAUUUGUUACGAAAAAAUAGGAGGACGAAUUACGAUAGCAAAAUUAACCAGCAUUGAAGGAGGUAGGCGGGAAUUGUCGGAAAUUUGGUUUUCCAGGAUCUAUUCGCCAUCAUGUUUAUCGUGUAUGAAGAUGUGGGACGGCGUUUGUACGUUCCUAAUCAAUAACGAAGUAAAAAUAAUAGAAUAUGGAACCAUAGAAGGGUCCACUAUGGAUUUAAUGAAGAAGAAAACGAAAAUUUCGUUUAAUUUUCCUUUAAGUGAUACUCCCGUGACUCAGAUAUUAAGAAAUGAUGUAAUAAUUAGUUUAAGUAAAUGUGAAGAUUUCCUUAAUUGUAAUCUUAUCGAAUUUUUUCUACUCGGAGAGAACGACAAAUGCAGCAAGAAAGCGUUCAGUAUCUGGGAGAUAUUUAAAUGCUUCAUCACUUGCAUUUACGUUUAUGGAAACACCUUAAUUUUAGGCACCGACGUCGGAAGCGUAAGUAAACAACUUAAUGCUUAA